CUUUGCCAUUUGACGCCGAUGGUCGUUGACGCCAAGGCUGGCCUGCACCGCGCUCGGUCGCGCUUCGUGCGCCUCAUCCUCAACAAGGACGGCAACAUGGACGCGCUCGAGGAGCGUCGCGAAGAGCUCGUCGUGCUCGAGCGCUCCAAGCAGGCGUGGACCAACUACCGCCGCUUCUGCCAGUUCCGCUUUGGCUACCUCGCCUUCCUCGUCCUCAUCUCGAUUGUCAUCUUCUCGUUCGCGCUCCUCAUGGAGCUCUUCUUCGCGGUCUUUCUUCCCGCCGCGCGCGAAGACCCCAACUACUACCUCCGGUCCUUCCUCAUGCUCCUCGCGCUGCCCGUGACUCUUCUCUUCCUCUCGUACAUGUUUGAGGAGGCGCUGCGCCUCUUCUCCGAUGCGCUCAGCGGCACGGAAGGCAGCCUCGCCAACUUCCGCCUCUCGCUCGCCGUGCUCAUCCACGCCGCACGCCACAAGGCUGCCAUGACGCGCGAGCACAUGGACCUCUCGAACGUGGACCCGUACUUUGGCGACAACGCGGCGCUCGAGAUCCAGCCGCGCGCCAUGCCGGGCGACGCCGAGAACCCGGUCGCCGGUCGAGACAUUGACUACUCGACGUUUGUCCUUGUCGAUCUGAUUUGCCCGAUUUUGUUUGAGGUCGUGACGCUGAUUGCGUUUCUGAUUUCGCUGGUUGCGACCUUUUCGCUUUCGGAGGCGUUCACGACGUACCUUCGAGCCGGCUUUUACGUGGUCGUCUUUUACCUCUGUGUCUGGGUCGUCGGCCAUUUCUGGACCACGCGCAGCAAGCGCAUGCGGUACCUCGUGCUCACGUACCGCGUGCACCGCGAGCGCAUGAAGGCCGAGGUCCGCGGUCUGCACAAGGACAAGUGGGCCAACCAUUUCUGGCUCCUCGACAUUGGCUUCCGCGCGCUCUACUGUCUCGGCUGGACCAAGCCCGAAGACGUCUCGGCCGCGCCAAGAGAGCCUGGGCGACUCACGCGCGCGGUCCACGCCGUCAACGAGAAGAACCCGUACCGGAAGCUGCAUCCGAACCUCAAGAUUUUGUUGAUGCUGCCGUGCAUCUUUGCGGGCGCGUUCGUGUCCUUUUACGUCUUCCAGCUCGGCUGGCCCAUCAUGGGCUGCAGCCUCCUCCUCCUCGCGUCGGCACUCCGGACGCGGUUCCCGCAGAUCUUUGGCACGUCCUUCUUUUACUUUAUCUUGGCGUUCGUGCUCCUGGCCUUCAUGUUCAUCUCGUCGGCCUCUGCGAUUGGCACGUUUGUCAAGGGCGGCUCGUUCGACGUGCGCCCGCCCGUCGAUCCGCUGCACCCGAACGUCUCGAUCGCGCUCCCCGGGCAGUUCAACAUUCCCGUGUACCCGAUUUGCCACUUUUCGCACCAGACGCUCGACGUGAUCGACUUUGUCUUGAUGGCCGACGCCGCGUACGGCUCGACCAACGAGAUCCAAGACGCGAUGCUCGGGAAGCGCUUCAACGGCACGGCGCUCAACAACUGGAGCGUACCAGAUCGAAGCAACCUCCAGACCGACCACCAGCAGUGGCUCCAGAUCGACUUUGCCGACUUGAACGUGACCGUCGUCGCGAUCCGAGGCACGGCGUCGGCGGCCGAUGCGCUCCAGGACAUGCACUACUGGUUUGGCAUCACGAUCAUGCAAACGGCUAACAUCUUUAUCCCGUUCCUGAGCCAACUGCCCCAGGACUUUGUCGUCAACCUUCUCUCGCUACGUUUCCUCAACAAGAUCAUCCCGACACCGGUCUACCAAAAGCUGCUGGACAAGGUCGAGACGCUCAAGAAAACAAAGUCCAACAUCGUUGUGACAGGCCAUUCGCUCGGUGGCGCCAUGGCCGCCGUCGUUGGCGCCAAAAUGCACUUGCCCGCGGUCUCAUUUUCGGGCCCGGGUCUCUUGUAUUCACGCGGUCGGUUCGACAUUGACGACGAGCGCCCGAUUCGCGACUACGUGCUCACGGUCAAGCCCCGAGGCGACUUUGUGCCGCGCGUGGACCGCCUUGGCGGCCUCGUUCAAGACAUCGACUGCCGCCGCAACAACCCGAAAGCAUGCCACAGCACCGACACGCACGCGUGCGAGUUUUACCUCACGUGCGGCGACAAGCGCGGCCGCGACUGGUCCCGUGUCUGCGAAGAGUACCGGAACCUUGCCAAGAAGAUCGAUUCCAUCACAACGCAGAGCAACAACUAGCUACAUAGUGUCGCGUUGGAAAUGGACACGUGUAUAUUCUUUGCGUCCA